GCUGCACCCACGUGAAGUGUCGCAGUACCGGAGCUUGGGCCUCACUUCAUAUUCAUAUUCCCUUCUCUCUUUUUCUCUCAUUUUCUUGCAAGCUGCCCCCUGAGUUAACCUUUUCCCCCAUUACAAAAGAUGAAUUAUAACUUUUGUCUCCAAUAAAUGCCAGCUCCUAGCGUAAUAUUUCAGCCUCAGCUAGACCGAGAAAACUUCUUCUGUUGUUACGGCCAUGUUUCCUUCAAGCAACAGUUACAACCCUUUUCCCUUAACCACCCAUACCAUGCCUGGAAGCUCUUUUUUAGGCGAUAAACACCAUGUAGGCUCAUCACUGGAGGAUUCUCCCCAUCCUUUCUGGUACUUACCUGCACCCUUCAUUGAUGAUGAUGAUGAUGGUUUGCUCAUAAGUCACCUGUUAUCACAAGCACAACAACAAAUCUUGGUCACCAGUAGUAACAUGGCACCGCCAUAUUCUGAGGUUAACGCAGCUUCUCCAACAAAGGAAACCAAAAAGGUCACCACCAAUAGGAAGAGAAGUACCGUUAACGGAGCAAAACAGGGGAUUCCUCGAAAGAGAGCUGGAAAGAAAGACAGACACAGCAAGAUCUAUACAGCUCAUGGUCCAAGAGAUCGGCGUAUGAGGUUGUCACUUCAAACUGCCCGUAAGUUUUUUGAUCUUCAGGACAUGUUAGGCUUCGACAAAGCAAGCAGAACUAUUGAAUGGCUUUUCUCUCAAUCCAAGGCUGCUAUCAAGGAACUCACAGAAAACCUCCCCGGCAUGAACCGCAGCUGCAGUGGAGGUGGAAAGAGCGUGUCAUCUACCUCUGAAAGUGAAGUAGUCUCAGCAGCCAAAGAGUGUGAAGACAAUAUGGGAGACCAUCAAGGCGUAAUUAUAGCAAGAGGUGAAUCUAUGAGGAGUACCACUAAAGCUAGAGAGACGAAGGAAAGAAACUCACGUGAAGUGUCAUUCAAUCCUGUUGCAAGAGAAUCCAGGGACAAGGCGAGGGCAAGAGCAAGGGAGAGAACUAGAGAGAAAAUGAAGAUGAGAGGGCUUGAGAAAUCAAAAAAAUGCUCAGAUGAGUCGAACCCUAAUGAAUUGGAGUGGUUGCGGUCCUCAAGUCCCCUUGAAACUGGUGAAAAUUCGGCUCCCUCUACUCAAACAAACUCUUGUCACAAGGUAGUGGCCGGGCAAGAAGAACAACGCCACGAAAAUGCUGUACACUUGCUAGAACAUCAAAUGGAUUCUGCAAGCAUCUUUGAGAAAUUUCUGGGUAUCGCUAGAGCAACAAGAUCGUCAUCUAUGUUCAGUUACUCGCACAACAAUAUUGCAGACUCAAGCGGAGAAAAUUCAGAGGAAAAUUGUGCAGUUUUUUCGGGAGAUUGGGGCAUGAACAAUGAAAGGAUCCAAUACAAUUACUGUUCGAUGACAAACAUCAAGGAAUCAACAGGUAAUGCCCAAGAACAAAACCCUAGUAUAAUUUUCAUGACGGAUCCAAAUGGUCAAGACCAUAAGUCUCGUCCUAUUUUUAUGACCCAAGGGGAAAACCCUAGUUCAAAUCUCUUGGUCAACUCAUAUGCAAAAAUAAUGAACCAUAACUUGAUGACCCCCUCAAAUGUUGCCCAUGAAGGAAGAAGCCCUACUUCAAUUCUUAUGUCCACCUCAGACAUUGGUUUGCAUUCACAUUACCAAGAAAAUUCUGCUGUUGCCAGCAAAUUCCACAAAUUUUAUCAAUGAUCAAUGUUGAUGAACCCUUCCUAUUUCCUAAUUAUGUCAAACAACUCUACGGCUAUCUUCAGCUUGAUUUCUGUGUGAUGAAUCCUCUCUGGUAAUUAAUGGAUGAGUGGAUUGAGUAUUGUUAUUGUAUUUCUUCUAUGAAGUUUAUCAGAAUUUGAAUUUGUGCUUUGAGUCAUUCACUUAUUUCUGAG